AAGCCACUCAUUCACGAGUCUCACCCACCUUAGCGCCAUACAAUGAAAAGGACAGCUAAACAGGGGUAUUUUCCAACACUGUCUCUCUUUCCUUCCAUGUUUCUUUUUUUGCUUAUUCAACAAUCCAACCUAAAUUCCUGAUACUCGAGUACUACCGGUAGAGGAGUACCGUACUGUACCUGUCCUCUCUCUGCAGCUUUCGUUUCUUCAUAACCGAGCACUUCCUCACCCUAGACUAUCGCCCUCGCUCUGCAUCGCGUAAGCCGUGGUUUAGUUUCCCAACUCUAGCCAUGGCGCCGCCGACACCCGCCUACGCAAAGUCAGUCAUCAAAAUCCUCUUCAUAUCAUUGAUAUUCGAUUUGGUGAGCCCCCCCCCUCUUCCAGUGUGAAUUUGUCCGUUAUGCUGCACCUGUUUGUCAAUAGGAUCCUUCUAUACUGACCCGUUUAGCUUUCGUUUACUUUAAUUCUACCGCUAUUCCCCAGACUACUCGCAUUCUACCGCGCGCAGCCUGAUAAUGUAGUGCUCGAGUCUAUUUUCACUACCCUAAAUGCCUUCAAAGCCUCGUUUCACCGGCCAAUCUCCUCGCGCUUUGAUGUAGUCCUGCUCGGCGGGGCUCUCGGGUCCCUAUUUUCAUUUCUUCAAGCGAUCUCGAGUCCAUUCUUGGGUGCUCUUAGUGACCGUUAUGGGUAAACACCUCCACCCGAGCCUCCAACCUGUUUGCGGUGUGUAUGAUGCUGAUAUCUGCAUCUUUAAUUUCAGGCGCCGAACAGCUCUAUUGUAUUCCAUGAUUGGAAACAUAAUCUCGGUGCUACUUUGGGUCGUCGCGACAGAUUUUCCGACAUUCCUGGCUUCCCGUGUGGUUGGUGGCCUGUCGGAGGGGAAUGUGCAGAUGGCUAUUGCUAUUGCCACUGACGUCUCCACCCCGGAGACUCGUGGUGCGACUCUAGCACUAUUGGGUGCUGCAUUUUCAAUUGCCUUUACCUUCGGACCUAUGUUGGGAGCUUUCCUUGCUUCCAAGACAAUCUCCUUAGAGAACCCUUUUGCUGCCGCAGCUUGGUUCUCGCUGGCACUUUUGGUGGUAGAGACAGCGUUUUUGUACUGGAAGUUGCCGGAGACCUGCCCUCUAAACGAAGAGCCCAGCAAGGUUGACGUCCAAUCGAAGCGGGAGGACGAGUCCGAAAAGAAGACGGGGGAUGAAAAGGAGACAGGGAGACCGGGUAUCCUUCUCUUAAACCUUACCCACUUCUUGUUCCUCCUUAUAUUCUCCGGAAUGGAGUUCUCCCUACCGUUCAUGACCUUUGACCUGUUCAAUUACACCUCAGCGGACUCCGGCAAACUUCUAGGAUUUGUCGGUCUUCUAGCCUCGAUUCUCCAAGGAUCAUUUGUUAGGAAGUGCGCGCCAAUCGUAGUGGCAAAGACCGGGCUAGCAAGCGCUGGUAUCAGCUUCUUCCUUCUUAGUAGGGUCAACACUCAGUCACAGCUAUACGUAGCCGCAGCAUUCCUCGCGGUAACAAGUGCUUGCGUGGUGACUAGCCUUACCGCACUGGCCAGUUUGAAAGCCGGUAAGAAGGAUAUAGGAAGGGCACUCGGCAGCUUUAGAUCUGCUGGUAAGUUUGUCUCUUUUUUCCCCUCCUCCUUUUUGUUUCGUCUAGUCGCUUGUCGACAGAAUGGGGCUAAUCGACAAAAACCAAUUGACAGGCCAGAUUGGAAGGGCUACUGGACCGAUCUUGUUCUGUAAGUCUACCUCGCGCUGAGGAUGUUACUGGUCCACCGUCGUUUCCAUAACUGAUGAUGAUAUUAUGCAGGCACCCUCUACUGGUGGGCCGGAAGGCAGACAGCGUACGUGGUUGGGGGAACGGGAAUGGUAGGAGUGGCGGCCCUAGUUUUCACCGGUAUUGUGGUGGACUCUGAGCAAGCGAUGGAAUAGUACAUUGUAAAGGGGGGAACAUGGAGGUAGGAGGGACAAGUCCCUUGACCUUACCAGUAAAUUCCUCGGUGAUGGAGGACCGUCUGCAUACCGGUAUCUGGACAGGCGUCCGUGCCGUGCUCAUAUACCAAGAUGCCAUCCUGUAGCGCGGCACACCGCACUUGUAUACCGUUAUUGUACCGGUACAUGUCCAAGUCGUAAUCUGAAAAUGAAAAGAAUAAUAAAAAAUGGCAAUCUUAUUCUCGUGGUGGUAAUCUCGCCAUGGGCAUUGACGGUGGCACACGGAAGCAUUUUGAGGGCCGGAAAAUCUAAGCAAACGCCAUAAACUCGGAAGGCAGACAGUCCAAGUUUCCAAAUCUCGGCCAUAUAGUCAACACCUUUAGCACCCGAGAACCGGUACCACAACCCGAAAGGAAGAGGGCGAGAAAAAUAAAAAAAAUACAAGCAUUGUACGGUACUGCAAAAGAAAUUCAAUCACUAAAGAUCACACACGCCAUGUACUUGUACCGUAAUGCAGCCUGCCGUGCAAGCCCUGUUUCGCCACAAAGCAGAUCCAUCCAGAACCCUUCAAUUAUUUCCCAAAGGCAAGGGGAAUGGGAAAGGCUCUCACUCGCAAUGAUUUCAAAAGGGUCGUCAGUGCUGGAAUUUCCCAAAGGGGUUCCUUUUCUCACUCUCCCAACACAAUUCCCUACAGCCCACCUCCCUUCAUUUUAGCCACAAACAGCACAACGCCCCAAUCGUGGUCAUUACAAACGACCAAUCCAGACCCCUAUUGUGGCAUUGGGAGCAAUAAAAAAUAAAAAUAAAAAUAAAAUAGAGAGAGAGAGAGAGAGAGCUGAAGAACCGACAACUCUCUUCGAAAUGGAUCCCAGUGCCGGUAUUAUAUUAUCCCUCAGUCCACCGGGUGCUGCGUCAGAAAUGUCUUACAUGGGAGAAUAACGAGAUCUGGAAGGUACGGUCCGGGUACUUGUGUGAUAUCCUUCCUCAAUGGGUAAUAAAUCGCUAGAGUUUCAAACUGAGACUUUAUCCCGCGGAUCCCUUGGACGUGGUGACAGCCAAGGAUACAGUUCUGUGAUCAUAAAAGAAGGGAAGGGAGAAAUGGGAACAAACAGAGAGGCACCGGAUUGGGUAUCACACUCGCAGGGUAGCCAAGCGUGAGGGAAGGCAAGAGAUUGGGAUCCACGAUACUCGAGCAAGCUGACAGCCACGGGGUACGAAUCAAAUUCGCGUACGGUACCCGAGUACACAGGGGAAGCAAGGUAAUAUAGAGAACGGCACGGGAAUGGAGGAGGGAAGGAAGGGGAACUCGUAUCCCCGCGCACUCAUUCCAUCUCUCUCAGCUCGACGGGCAAGCGAAGGGGGCGAUAGAGAUGGUACGAGUACUCGAGUACAGUACUGUACUCGUGUUCUCACCCCGCCCCGCCAGGAAUAGGGAAAUGACAAGUGCUUCAAACAGAUGAAGCCUCUCUUCCCUGUCGGUUUUUCCUCUCGGUGAGGGCGCCGAUACCGCCCGGGUACUCGAGUACUGGUACGCGUCGCUCCUGUUGUAGAGUGCUUGUAUUGUACAAGUACUGGUACGGCAUACCUCUUGUGAUUGUUGUUGUUGUCGUCGUCGUCGUCGUCGUGGCCACUCCUGCCGGUAGUGCUGGUGGUAGACUACAGAGCGAAUUUCCGGUCGGGGUGGCAGGAUCGUCGGACGGGGUUUUGGGAAAGGUAUCAUAUCAUACUGCGUAAUGAAAGUACGGUACUAGUACAGUAACGAAUUGGAGUACGAGUACCGUAUUGUACUCAGCUACCGUAGCAUUUGUUCCGCCCGUCUGGAUCAAGUUGGAUUGGAAGGGGUGGAUAAAGUGUUUUCUUUUUCUUAAUGAUGAUGAUCCU